AUGGCAGCCUAUGAGGAAGACCUGGAGGCGCGAGUGCUGGCAGCCCUCGCGCGAGCCGACGCCGCCGAGGCGUCGGGUGCGGCGGCAAACGCGCGCGCCGCGGCGCUCCAGAUGCGCCUCGACGCGAACGCGCAUGCCGCCCAGCGCCUGUUGCGCGUGCGCUUCCGCCGCGCGCCGCCGGUCGCCAUUUCGAUGCGUCGCGCGACGCCGGUGAAGUGGGAGCUCGACGUCACCGACGACCAGGGCACGACGGUGCCGGCGGUCGACGUGGAGGUGCGGUGCCGCGUGGACGGCGCGCCGCACCCCGUGACGACGACGCGUAUGAAGGAGCGGUGGCUCUGCAGCGCGCCGGCCGCGGCGUUCACGGACCGGUGCCGCGUCGUCGCCGAGCCCUGGGUCGCGGGGAAGCGGGCGGGCCCGCUCGACGUGCUCGGCGUCGCGGCCGAGGUGCGCGUCGUCACGGGCAGCGGCGACGACGCGCCGACCUUCGAGGCGAUCCGGGACCUGAGCUUCGGAGAUAUUCAAUUAGAGGUUGUAGAGGAGUUCGGCGACGCCUGCGGCAGCCACCUCUGGAACGCGGGCCUGGUCCUGGCGUCGUACGUCGCGACGCUCGACGAGACGAAGCUGCCCGACAUCAAUGAUGGGGGCUUGUUCGUCGAGGUCGGAAGCGGCGUCGGCGCCGCGAGUCUGGCGCUCGCGGCUCGCGGCCUCAGCGGCGACGUGACGGACCAGGGCCGCGUGCUGGCGCUGCUCGAGCGCAACAUCGAGCGGAACGGCGCCGGCGAGUUGAUCCGGGCCGUCGCGUGGGACGUCGUGCGGGACGAGGUCCCGGCUUGGAACGUGCUCGGGUCCUGGAAUGUGUUGGUCGCGGCGGACGUCCUCUACUCGGCGGAGGCCGCCGCGAGCUUGCCGGGCGUCGUCGCGGCGCUGCCGGACCUGCGCGAGAUCUGGCUCGCGCACACGCACCGCGGCGCCGGGGACCGCCUCGAUGCUACGAUCGAGGCGCUGUCGGCGACGUUCCCCGUCGCGGAGGUCGUCGAGCGCGUCCGCGACACGCGCGUCGUGGUGCUGCGGAGGCAGUAA